AUGAAAAUUUAAUUCGAAAACUCUAUCUUGAAGAUGAUCAAGACUGAGUACGGAUUACCUCUCAAUCUCAACAACCAAACUGCUUAGAAUGAGAAUAAGAUAAAGUAAAGAAGUCAUAGUGUUAUGAGUUUUAUCAAUCAAUUAAAGGAUUAGGAUGAAAUAGUGCAAAAGAUCAUCAUUGACAAAGCUCAGGACAAGGGCUUUGUAAGAAAGCAAAGCCCCAUCCUACUAGCCAAUAACUAUUAUAAGAAGUACAUCCUGCCAAAUUAAACCCACUUUCGAAAUAAAUCAGAGAUUUUCCUGAAGACAUAAUAGAUAUAAUCCCCAAACAUCAAUUUAGGAGACAUUAAACUUACAAAGCCUACUAAACUUUCGCCAAUUCAAGGUCCAGUUGUAACUUAGUUACAUCCUAAGUCAACGAAACCCAGAAAGUCUAGGUUGCUGAUGCAAAGCUUUUAAAACUAGGACAGUAAGAAACUGAUAUAGUCCUUCGCGAUACUUGAUGAUGAUGAGGAUGACUCAAUGGAGAAGAAAAAUCAAAAUUAGUCAGCCAGAAUGAUAAUGACAAUUAAGAAAUUUACGGGAGUCUCCGAUGAUUUAGAAGACAACAUGAAGCAGCUUACAAAUCAAGGUGGAUCUUUUAAUAAUGAAAGUCAGCAGCACAGAUUAAAUGUAAAAGACUUAUCAAGUAAGCACACAGCAUCAUUCUUGCAAAACAAAGUGAGUUUUAUAGCAACUCCUGUCAACAGCAAAUACAAGCAACAACCAAUGCAAAUGCUUAUUGAUAAUGAUAAGCUCAGUAAUCAGAGCUAAAAGCUGUCUUCAAAUCAUCACUCUAAAGCUCAAAUUACACCUAAGAUAAACAACUUACUUAAGAUUGGCUUUCAAAAUCAGGAUAAGUAAGAGUUGAUCAUCAGUAGACAAGAUACAGAUUCAUUAGUUUUGAAUGGAACGGACGACUAGUUCGUAAAAAUUCCCAAAUUUUAGUAGCUUAUUCAUAAAAACAACAAUCAGAGUGAGGAGAUAGAACAUACGUUUAGAAAAAUAUGUCAAGCAGGUACUGAGCAUACCAAGAGAUACAAGAAGAUAAUCGCUGACAAGAUUAUUAAUAUCCUUGACCAAACUAAUUAGAAUUUUCAUAGCACCGAUAUCUUUCACUAUCUUAAGUUGAUAGAUGAACUCGUGCACACUCAUGGCAGACUAGGGGAACUAACAUUCAGUGUUCUCAAUGUUAGUUCGAAUGGAAAGAUAUGCGAGCAUGAUGUUUUCCAAGUGAUGACAUUCUUUACUGAUGAGUAUCAUUCGAAUUAAGUAUUCAUGAACGCCUUUUCAGAGGAUCUCUGUAUUGUUACCAGAGCUAUUGGUUAGAAACAUCAGAAUGCCGAGCUGCUAAAUUAGUCUUAAUUACUCUCAGGCGUUAAGGUAUAGUCUAGUUUGAACAAUGCAUUUUACUAGUAGAAGCGAAGUAAUAAAAUAGAUAAGCUGAAUAACAUCAUUAGUGUGAUGUAAUCCCAAAAUAACACUCCUAAGGCUCCAACUAAUUUGAUUGAGAGCGGGCUUUAGAAAGGUUAGCCUGCUAUUGUCACCCAGACGACUGGCAAGUAGGACUCAUUGCAUGGAAUAUUUUCAAAUACCAAGUGUGAUUCAAUAUCAAAGCAUGCCUUUAGUCAAUUAGUGCAGUUUCCCAAUGGAGUGUCAAGUAUAGCUGAUGAUAUAAUUAAAUACUUAACUGGCAUCAGCAUUAAAUCUUUCCUAGUUUCAGAAAGGAAGGCUAGUCAUGCAAACAGAAAUUCAACUAUAAUUAGAGAAUCAACGAUUCAAAGACUAUUAGCUGUUAGCCUCAAGCAGCAAAGAUAAAAAUUUAGUUCUUAAGAAAUAGAGAAGAUAGAGAAUUCAUUCUUCAAGCUGACCUAUAAUCACUAAGACAAAAACAGAGAUACUGCUUUUAUCAAUGAGGAUUCAUUUGUUCAUAAUUUUGGUUCCAUCUCAGUCCUCGACAAUAAAUAUCUCGCCCGCAGAGUAUUUCAUGCCCUGACUUGCUUUUUACCUCAGUAAAGAAUUUACUUGGAGCAAUUUCUGGAUAAAAUGCAUCCACUAAUCUAUGGAAAUUAAGAUUACAAAAACAAAUUCUCAUUUCAAAUUUACGACCAGAAUAACAAAGGAUAUAUUAACUCAAUAGACAUAGAAGAAUUUUACUUGCGAAUAAUACCUUGCAAUUUAAAUAAGACAAAUUUCCACUAAUGCGAGUGCCAGUUAUUCAAAGAAAUCAAGCUGCUAAGUGAUGAGUAUGUAAAGAAUAAUAUAAUGCAGUGGACUGCGAAAAGUAAAGUAUUGAUUAACUAUGAUUAUUUCAAAUUGAGACUUGGCACAAGUUGCUUGCAGUAAGAGAUUGUGGAUAGAGUGCUCUAAAGAAAUUCAGAGAACUCGAUAUUUAAUGGAUUUGGGCAUUAUUGA